AUGAUUCAGCCAAUUCCAGGAGCUCAUGCUGAUGAUCAACCUGUCAACUUUGGUCCAGUUCUUUGGGACGUCCUUAACAAAGUCGCUUCCAAUGUUGGAGGAGCAGAUUAUCUCAUUGGAUUAUCUCUGCGCGAUCCCAACAAUGCCAAUGUUCCAAUUUUAGCUGGUGCCGCUGUUGAUGGAUUAGGUGCCAACCUGGACGGCCUUUUGUUGGGCAAUGAACCUGACAUAUAUGCGGCUCAUGGUUAUAGACCGAACGUCAAAAACUAUACAACCGCACUAUAUAUAAAUGAAUUCAAAACAGCCGCCGAUCGCCUCACCAAUACAUCCGCUGGCGACAUUUACGACAAGCAUGAAAUAGUGGGACCCACGAUAUGUUGUGCAUGGAAUCUGGAUGCACUUCUUGAUGAUGGAUUUUCAUCGUCUUUUGGCAGCAAUCUUAAAUAUAUCUCGCUUCAACACUAUCCUCAGAAUAAUUGUAACCCUGGAGUUUUCAACUUCCAGUUACCCUACUACGUUCAACAUGCAAAUGUUGUGACUCUCGGAGCCUGGCAAUCUUCUGGAAUUAGCAAAAUUGUAUCCAAUCCCAAUGGCCAACCCGUCAUUUUGUCAGAAUUCAACUCAGCUGCAUGUGGUGGAAUUGCAGGCAUCUCGGAUACUUUUGCAGUGGGGUCUUUGUGGACUAUUGAUUAUUCACUUCAAUUAGCAUCGGUUGGAUACUCUGCCGCUUACAUUCACACCCGUGAAAGAGGUGUUACAUACAACCUCUUCACCCCACCCGAAGGACCAAAUGGUGGACCAGGUGCCUGGACAACCAAUCCCCCCUACUAUGGUCUUCUUGUCACUGCUGAGGCACUUCGUUCUGAGAAUGGAAGCAUUGUAGUCGACCUCGAUAUCAGUGGGUCCAAAUCCAAAACCGAUGUAGCAGUAAGCGGGUAUGCUGUUUACGAUGCUGUCAGCAAGACCGUUCAGCAGUUGGUUUUCUUCAAUUACGCCAAUGUAUCCUCCUCGGAUGGGUCCUCUCAGUCUUUUUCCGUCCCCUCGGGAACAUUUGCGAAGGGUCAGGGUGGUGUCCAAGUCAAAUAUCUCGUGGGAGAUAGUAUGGCAGAAAAGGUGAACAUUGGGUGGGGUGGUCAGACCCUAGCAACUGCGGGAGAUGGGAACUUGGUUUCUAGCAAUGCGACAUGGGCAGUACCUAACGCCAAUAUCGACUGCUCAAACGGAUGUACGAUUAAUGUCCCUGCCCCGGGAAUGGCGGUUGUCUUUGCUGGCGUGCCUGCGAAGGACAAUAACGCGAACAGCAACCCCAGUAGUGGAGAUACCGGCGGAAAUUCGUCGGGAUCCAUCAGGCCCAAAGCUACUGGUAGCCAAAUUCGUGUAUCAUUUAGUUCUUCCAACGCUCUGUUGGUAAUUUCGUUUAUUGUUCUCGCUGUGGCAGCGAGUCCUUUCGAUCACUUAUUUUUAUUUACUUUCUGA